AACCGACAUACCUGCCGUUCACCUCCUCAACCGUUUCCGCCAAUUCCCCAAAUUCUAGGGUUUGAUUUCUACUUCUGCAUUUUCAUCAAUCGAAGAAUCACGCCAGCAAUUCGAAGGGGGGGUUCUCAUUGACGAUUUCUCCGGAGUUUAAACAAUGUUGUCGAAAAGCAGUUGCCCGGACACAGAAAUUACGUAUCCAGAUUGGAAGAGCCUCACAGAUGUCCUGUUGAAGGACAUAACACGACGCCUGACUUCAAUCUACGACUAUCUCGCCGUGCGCAGCGUUUGCGGUUCCUGGCGGUCGGCGGCGACGCGCAGAAACUUCAACCAUAAUUCUCCGCAAGUUUCUUUGCUCAUGUACGAUGCUAGUGGAGAAGACAACAAAGUAGUUCCUGGUCGUUGCAUUCAUUUGCAAGACCUGUCGAGAGGCAGGACUUUCAAAAUCCACGAUUUCCUUCCAUUUCCGGCAACCGUCCACCUGUCUUCCGGCGGAUGGAUUCUCUAUGUCCGGCAGGAUUGUCCUUCUGUUGGCCUGAUUAACCCAAUCUGUGGAAGAACACUCGAGCUCCCUGGUUUGGACACUUUCCCCAUAUACAGAGAAGGAGAGAAUCCCUGCAUUUUCAAAAUGCUUUUGUCUGGAAGCCCUGGAAUCGACGAUGAUGUUAUUGUUACAGUGAUUUGGGGUAAAGAGGAACGAAAGCAAUUAGGAUUUUCCAGUCCUGGAGCCCCACGCUGGGAGGCAUAUGGAGAAGAAGGACAUUCAAUUUGUGACGUUACAUAUCACAAUGGAAAGCUAUACGCACUGGACAUGGAUCGAAAGUUAGUCGAAUGCGACAUCCAUUCCCCAAAUCGACGCGAAACUCUCAAGGUUAUCUACUUGAAUUACAUCUCUGUUCCUAUUUCCACCGAUCAAGUGCCCUUCUAUAGAAACAGAUAUGAAUACUACUUGGUGGAAUCAUCCGGGAAGCUUCUAGCUGUGUUUAGACGCUUUAGCAUCUACAAUAUUAUAAGAUUCGAAGUUUUUGAGGUCGAUUUAAUGAAGGAGGAGUUGAUCAUGAUUCAGGACCUGGGCGACAAGACAAUGUUUUUAGGGUUGAACUCAUCCUUCUGCCUCGAGCUCCCUGACUGCGAUGCAAUAAAAUCGAACUGCAUAUACUUCACAGAUCAUUUUGUGGAAAGCAGUGCUUCGAAGGCAGAUCAUUGAAAUCGAAGGUCUGGACUGUGAGGAAAUCAAAUUGCAGCUUUCAGUUGAGUUUUCACCUGCAAUGCAACUAGAUGAAAAGAAUUGGCAGUCAAUUCAGCUGAGUAAUUCUACUUUUAUUUACUACUGCAGUUGAUGAAAAGUGAGCAUUGCAAUUUGGGGUACUAAUUUCAUUGAAGGCAAAUUUUGGAUUCACUUAGACAGUCAACAGCAUGAGUUUAAAAAGGUUAAAUUGGUAGCCU